CGGCCUUUCCCCACCCACCCCACGAGGAAGCAAAUCGUCCUAACCCUAAUCUCCGUGUUCCUCCCCGCCGCCAGCCUCAGCGAAAUAAUGGCAACUGACGGCAACCUUAGCGAAGUGCCCCUCCCCAUGCAAACCCUGCCGGUAAGGUUCGGAUCUGUUGAGGACAGGCAGCAGCGGAAAGAGAGGACGGGGGACCUCACACCACCCCCGCCGGUAAAGAUCAGAUCCGUUGAGGCAAAAGGGCAGACGCCACCUUCCGCGGGUUUGCCUGCUGAGGAGAAGCCACCUUCUGACCUGUGUGCUGCUUCCUACGGACCGUUACAGCCCAAAGAGGUUCCCAAUCCUUGUUCGGAUACCGACCAUGUUAUGGCCUGGAGGCAUUUCCGUUUGCCUACACCAGUCUAUGUCAGAGUGGAUCGUUCAGGAGUUUAUCACUCAUAUCCAGAGCUGCCAGGUGGGCCGUUCGAGAGCCUUGAUGCAUUUGAAAGUGCUUUCCAUACCUAUGCUCGUGGCCGUAGCACUGACACGUCCAAGGAAACGAAUAAGGAGCGUCUUAUACGAGAAUCUCUUGAGUGGUCAGAUGGUACGAGGAAGGUCGCCACAAGUUUGCAAAUAGCUGAGAGGGAAACUAACAAUGUGCAGAGACUGGUUAAAGCUUUACUGGACAAGAAGAACGAAGAUCAGGAUUUGAAGUAUGAACUCGAACAUAUUGUUCAUUGGCAAUUAAUCUGUGAAGGUCCCAAUGCAUGGUACUAUCAUUUCAAUAUCACUAUGAAAACUAAAGGAGUUAAUGAUGAUGCGGGCAGUGUCAAUCUAUUUUUCGCUGAAGCCACACGUGUUCAGAGGGAUACGCCAGGAUAUUUUCUCUGCUGUUUCUGCAGGAUUGACCCUAACGGCAAGGAUGUUAAAUGUCAUGGUUGUACGGACAAUGGAAGUAUUCAUAUGAAGCACCCCUCUACUCAUUUUCAUUGCGGCCAAACUGAUCUCUCCUUUGGUUAUGAUGCCUGUAACGAUGAGGUGUGUUGCAACGCCAAAAAGAUGGAAGACGACGAUGAAGAAGAGGAACUGAGAGAAGAGGAGGAAAGGAUAAGAGAGUCCUUCGAUUAUCUUGACGAUGUGGAACUUAUGGAGAAACUCCGCAAGAAACGUGCUGAGCUCUUAGCCCUACAUUCCAAAAUCCAGGAGGAUGAAGAAGCGGCCUGUAAAGACUGAAGAGUGGAGAUGCCCCUGCUUAUUAUCACAUGUUUUCAUUUAUGUUGGUAUUUUGAACUCAGUGGAGCUUGCGAGUAAUUGUUGUUAUGAUGUUUGUGUACUGUCAUAUGUGAAGAAGGCUUGAAGACUUGUCCAAAUGCUUGUGUUUUUAUUAUGUAUGUGGAGUAGCUUAUUUGUGUACAAAUUCACAUUGCCGAUCCCUAUUCUUUCCUCUCUCGUGGAUUAUGAGGUUUUCGUACGUUGAAAUCUUAUCUUAUACUCUCUUUUGUGGCU